AUGGCGUAUAUCCCUAUAACGCAAGUGGAUGCAAUACUGCUCCUCGACCAGCACGGGGAGCGCAUUGCGGUCAACUACUAUCCGCAGCACUGCGCGGCUCCUGCGUCUUCAGAUGGAGAAAAAAACUUAUGGGAGGACGUGGCGCGUCAGAGGGUCAUUGAGAAGAGCCUAACCAAGGAGCUGGAGUUGGCAAAAGCACGAGGUAUGAUAAUCGAGGUUAUGUCACACGGUGUUACAGAAGGUGCCUCCGGCAUUCGUAUGAUCGAGGGACACCUCGUGAGCUACUACAUUGCUGCCGAUUUUGCCAUAAUCGUUGUUGGUCCAAGCAAGGAAAACGAAGUUCUGCUCUCGGAGCUAUGCACAACUGUCAAAAAGUGUCUGUUCGCAGUCACCGACGACCAGAUGAAGAAGGAGGUCGUAUGCAACAAGCUGGACUCGGUCUUCCUAGUCCUUGACGACGUUGUCGACGGAGGAAUCAUAAUGGAAUCGGAUCACAACGUCAUAAUACGAAGGCUAAAAGGGAAAUCUGGCGAUUCGUCAGAUCACGUGCCACUCAACCAGCUCUCGGAGCCCGGCCACUGGAUACACCUUCAUCACGUCAACUUCGGCACAAAACGGGUCACGCAAAAGAGAAGGCACAUGCUUAGGCUAAUACACCCCGAGGAGAAGCAUACGAACAAGGAGUUACGUGAUGGGUGGCUCUCCAACGAUGACGCUUUGCCAAAGUCCCUGCUGUGCAACUCCGCAAUAAGGAAACUCGUCUACUCAAACACCGUCGAGGCGCAAAAACUUGCAAGCAAGGUGGAUUGGGACGCAUACAAAUGCAACGUGAGAGGGGUGAGGUGGCAUCCGUCAGGAAGUUGGUAUGUCCAGUUCAACCGGCGCAACUACGAAAAAAACUUCUUCGUCAACUGCCACUGUUACUUUAGGGUGGACGAACACGGGUUCCACGACGCCAAGGAGAAGGCAAUCGCAUAUCGCAAACGACUGGAGGCGGAGUACGACGAACUGCAGGAAACAUGGCACGAAAUGGACAAGAAACGCAUGGAAGAAAGAGCUCGAAAACGCGGCGAUCGCCAAAUGGCGCUCGAGGAAGAGGAGUUUUUGCUUGCCGACGCUACACCUUCGUGA